AUGGAGGCCGACGUGCUGAAUGCGUUGACCACGCAGACGGCGUACCUGCCCGGUGGCCGGGAUCGUGACGGGCAUCCGCUGGUCGUGAUACCGGUCCCGUUCUACGACAGUCUACCCUGGAUGAAGGGCUUCCUGGAGACGACGGUACAGUAUCUGCUGGCCAGCUUGAGCCCCGACACGGUCAGCAGUGGACUGGCCGUUAUUCUCGAUGCCCAGAAGUGCUCAUGGCGUGUGGCACGCCAGUAUAUCAGGCACGUCCAGCAGCUGCUGGGCGAAUAUACGAACGAGUUUCUCGUGAUACGGCCGGACGCGUUUUGGGACAAGAACCGGGUCGAGAAUUGUGCCCGGCAACACCGCAAAGGCGAGCCAACCAUCAUUUCGAAGUCACGACUGACGAAGUACUUUGACGCCAGCGAGCUGCCGGAGGAGCUGGGCGGCGUCAUCGCCUACAACCACGACCAGUGGAUCCAGUCACGUGAGCGCAUCGAAGAAUUCCGAAAAUCCUACGAUAAAGCGAUCGGUGACCUAGAAAACCUGCAUCUCAUCUUGCUGGACAACCGGACGGUGCGGGCGAGCGAGUCGUCGGCGGCCCUCAAGUCGUGCCAGCAGCUGAACGUGGAUGUGCAAAAAUUUCUCUCCCUCGUCAUGGACGGUGGCAAGAAGCUGUUGUCCCAUUUGGGGGACCUGCACGGUGCGCGGUCGGCCGUCUCGCAGGAUCUGACCGAUGCCAAGGGCCAGAUCGAAACCAUGCUGAACGCGCUCGACCGUAAGCAAACGACUGUGAACGGGGCUCGCGGUGAGCUCGAGCGGACGGUCGAGGUGCUGCAGGAGCUGGCCACGCUCGAGGAGGGUGUCUCGCACGUCACCAGCUGGAUCCUGACGACGGCCGAGUCGAUGCUGAACGCCCAGCUGAAGGUGGGCUACGACGUGGGCACUGCGGACAAACUGCGGCUCGAGCACGAGAUCCUCGAGCUGCAGUGCUGGAAAACGUACGGGUGCUACGCGGAGCUGCUGUACAAGAUCGACAAUUUGCCGCGCCACCAGAAGGACACGGCCGCGGCCCACCAGGAUCUGAUGUCGCAGCGCGAGUGGAUGGACUUUGUGUGCCGCAGUUUCGCGCAGCGGCUCGAGCGGCGCCGGAACGUGCUGAUCACCUCGGUGCGCUUCUUCCGCCUGGUGGCGGAGUACUUCGACAAGACGAGUGACGUGUUCCAGUCGCUCAUUAUGGGCGAACGGGUCGAGGAUUACGCGCUGGCGAGCACGAACCUUCAGAAGCUCAAAGACAACCAAAUUAUGUUAGAACUGAUCGAAAGGGAGAUCAUUAAGGAGGGCGAAAAGCUAAGCGAUGUGCUGCUGAUGCCGGUGAAGGAUGCCGUCGGGCGGGACAUCGACGUGGAUUACAGUGACGACAUCAGUAACGUGCGGGACAUACUAGACGCGACCAAGUCGCGGUCGCGCAUCUUCGCCGAGAGCGUCGAGCUGCAGAAGCUGACGCUCGACCAGAUUACGCACAUCUUCAAGUACGAAACGGACGCCCGGACCGCGGUCCAGUGGAUGGACGAUCUGUACAAGGUGAUGCUUCGGUCGCACACGCACGUCGGCGCGAACGUGUACGAGAUCCAGGCGCAGAAGGACGAACACCAGAGCUUCCAGGAGACGGCCAAGGGCACGUACAACUACGGCUGCCAGCUGCUGAACGCGUCGCUCGCCCUACGCCAAUCGUGCAAGCUCGAGACGGAGCAAAACAUUACCAUGACCAAGGGUCUGCAGGGCACGUGGAAGAGCUUCCAGGCGGUCAGCCAGGAGCAGAUGACGCGGCUGCGCGUGUCGGCCGUGUUUCAUCGGAGCGUCGAGGAGCACUGCACGAAGCUGUUCGAGCUGAAGGACUGCGUGAUGCGGAUCGGCGAGAUCGAUGAGCUGGCCAAGCGGAAGGUUCGGCUGCGCAAGUACCUGGCCACCCGGGAGCGGCUACUGGUGGAGGUGGGCCGGAUGGUGCGGUUGGGCCGGCUGCUGAAGACAAGACUGAAGGAACCCUUCCUGUUGGACGAUCGAGGUGACGCGCUGGCUAGUCCGGAGAACAUCAUUACAGAAAGUGAUAAUAUCAUGGCGUGUGAGGCGAUUACGACGCGCUUGACGGAAGUGGCCCGCGCCGCCGAGUCGCUCGAUGGUGUGCUGAGUGAUGUGCAGGGUGGCUUCGACGACGAGGUGGAGGAGCUGACGAGCAGCGAGGUGACACCGACUCCGACGCUGGCCAAGCGCAACGAUAGUGGCAACCAGAGCGAUGAUUGGAGCUCCAGUGUGAAGUCUACGGACGAGGGAUCGUUUGUGACGGCUUCCGAGUGCAUCGGCACACCGCAGUCACGCUCGUCAUCCUACCAGACGGCCUCGGAGUGCCGAGCAUCGCCCUGGUGGGGAGUGGAGUCCAUCGAGCAGCAGAGUUCGCUCGAGAACGACUCGUCGGAGGACCACGAUCCGGAGGCGUUUCCGUCGAUCAAACUGCUGUCCGGUGUGGUGAUGACGUCGAACGCCAAUCUGUCGUUUGACGAGUCGGAACACAGUUUCCUCACGCCAACCCACGGGACGGCCAGUGUCGAUUCGCAUCCCGACUCGGACGAUACCGUCCCGACGACGGUGACGACGGCGACGACGGAUUCGCACCGCCAACCGAGCCCACUCGAAACGAGCUCGGCCUCUAGUUCGGCGCUCAACUCGAUCAAUCGGCGCGAAAACCUGGCGUUCUCGUUGACCCCGGAGGAGCUGGAGCAGAUCGAAAGCGACAUACGCAACAACAACCUCACCGCGGCGGCGGUGGUGGUCGGGAUCGACUUGGGGCAGGAGAUCAAGAGCACGCAGGUUACGCCGACCAGCGAAGAUAGUGGCAACAUUGUGGACCCAUACUUGCAGAAAUCGCGCGCAGCGCAGUACGUCGAGCGAACGCUCGCCGAGUUCGGCAAUCGGCAGUUGGCGAUCAGUAAUGAGUGGGACAGCUGGAACAGUCGACGGCGCACGGAGACCACUCUGAAGGAAAUCAUGUCCGCCAAUAUGGAGACACUGGCCAUGGCGUCGAAGCUGGAGGAGCAACUGUACCCAGUGUUCAGCACCGCACUCGACAAUCCGUCCGAUCUGAUGGAGUUUAUCGGACGCAAGCGGGCCCAGAUGCAGGCUGACGUUCGGGUCGCCGAGCUUGACCUGACGCACCGGUUCGACACGAUCAAUCAGCUGGAGGCGGGAGCCGGUACGUCCGGUGGUGUCGUCGUGGAGGACGUGGUGGCCGUGAAGAAUAACCUCAACUCGAUCAAGACUCGGCUCCACUCGAUGGCGGCCGACUUUAGCGAGCUGACGGGGGCGAUCGAGCAGUUCCUCACGUCGAUCGUGCGGUGCCGCGACAGCAUCAAGGAGUACUUCGCCACCAAGCAAACGGUGACCGGGCCGGGAAGUGUCGAAGCGAUCGCCGAAGGCUACGAGCAGUUUAAGCAGGCCACCAUGGAGCACUUCCGGGGGUUGCUGCAGCAGAGCGAGCAGAUCAUCGAGCGAGUGAAGGGCCAGGAGCCGCCCGGUGCGAAGGAAAUGGACACGGACAAGAUCAUCACGCUGCUGGAGAACCUGCGGACGUACUUCGAGUCGCAGACCGAGUCGGAGAACUGUGAGCUGAAGAAGCAGCACAACGUGCUGGCGUUCGAUCGGGAGCUGAACGAGGUGCGGGCCACCAUUCGCGGUGCCGUCGAACGGCUGGACGCCCAACGGGGCCAGUUCGGUGAGAACGUAGCCGAGGCCCAGGCCAGCCGGGUGGCCUUCGAGGAGCAAGCAGCCGCAUUGCAGGAACUGCAGCAGCGCGUCGACGCGUUCAUCGGUUCCGGAGCGGAGCUCGUCCGGCAGUACCCAGAGACGAGCCCGUACGUCACCUCGGAGACACACCGAAUCCGUGACGAGUGGACCGAGUUACGGCGCAGGAUCGAGGAACAUCGGCAGCUUUUCGUCGUCGCGAUCGAGUACUUUGAGCUGGUCGGACAGGUCGAGAACAACUAUCGCAACCUGAACGCGGACCUCAUCAACGCCAACAACAAGCUGACGAUCCUGAACAACGUGGACGUGGCGAACGAUCUGGUGGCACAGGUCGACGGUACGAUCCGGGCCAACGAAACACCUCAGCUCGAAGCACUGAAGCGCAUUUCGGCCCUGUCGUCGCAGCUCUACCGACACGAUAAGACGGUCACGAUCUACACCGAAAACACGAAGCUGUUCCAAACGUUCUACAAAAUCAAAAGCGAAGUCUACGAACGGGUCAAGGAGCUGUCGGAACAGCAGCAACAGCGCGAGCAGCAGCUACGGCACGAGCAGGAGCAACGCGAACUGGAACAGAUCACGACCACCACCACCACAACGUCACCGCACGGUGGCGGUUUGCCGCAUCAGCAGCAAUCGUUCGAAGUGAAGACCAUCGACGAGGCACAGUACCUGCAGGAACCGCAGGCCCCGCUCGUAAUUCAAACGGUCGAAGAGCAGAUUCAUGAGCAAAUCCACGAAGUCUUUACAUCCACGACGACGACGGCGGGUACCGUUCCGUCGUCGUCGCCGCCGGAAGUGAGCCUACGCGUCGUACAACCGCUGGCCGAUGUGUGCGUGCAGGAAGGACAGCGGGUGCGCAUGCAGUGCGUGAUCGCGGGCCACCCGGAACCGAUGGUCGAGUGGUACAAGAACGGCGUCAGCGUGAACGGCAAUCCGGACUAUCGGACGGGCUUCGAUCCGACGAGCGGUGUCUGUACGCUGGUGAUCGACGAAACGGUGACGGCCGACAGUGCCGAUAUCCUGUGCCGGGCAACGAACGAGGCCGGAGUGGCCGACACCACCGCUCGGUUGUGGGUAACGGAGGAGGCCUCGCCGCCGCAGGUGAUACCGUCCGGCACGGCACCCUCCUUUACGAUGCCCCUGCUGGAUGGUGGCGUGGCACAGGAAGGACAACCGUUUCAGUAUGAUUGCGUUGUUGCCGGGAGUCCGGUUCCCGCGGUGCACUGGUACAAGGGCGAUCGGUGUAUCGAUGGAUCACCCGAUUACCGGCAAGCGUACGAUCCUGCGUCGGGUGUGGCGUCACUGCGCAUCGAGCAGGUGUACCUCGAGGACCAAACACACUACACGUGCCGGGCGAUCAACGAUUGUGGUUCGGACCAAACGAGCGCAUUCCUGACGGUCAAACCGCUGGAACCCACGGAGUUCCCGGCGUUCCCGGAGCCCCUGUCGAACGUGAUGGCCCGCGUGGGCCAGAAGAUACGGCUCGAGGCGCGCGUUACCGGCACACCGACACCGGAGCUGCGCUGGACCCACGACGGGAAGCCCUUCACGAACCGUGAGGUGAAAUUCCUCUACGAAAACGGGCGAGCGCAAUUGGUGAUAGACGAGGCGUUCCUGAAGGAUGCUGGUGUCUACACGCUGACCGCCCAGAAUCUCGCCGGUGAACAGUGCUGCUCGUGCGCGGUGGUGGUCAAAGGGCGGCCACCGAACGAAACCAGUGACUCGGAGGUGGGCGAAGUGACACCAGGAGGUGCCGGUGGCGCUAUGGAACCGGUGAAGCCGGCCAUUCAGUUACCGCUCCGUGACGUGUCGGUGUUCGAAGGGAAGCCAGUGCGGCUGGACUGUGUGAUCGUCGGCCAGCCGGAGCCGGAAGUGAUCUGGUACCAUGGCGAGCGACCGGUGAAGGAGUCACGGGACGUGCAGCUGCUGUUUCAGGGCGACCGCUGCUCGCUGGUGAUCCGCGAGGCAUUUUUAGAAGACGCAGGCCCGUACCGUGCGGUCGCUAUUAAUAGCGCCGGGGAAGCUGCGAGCGAGUGCGCGGUGAUGGUGACCCCGCUCAACACGGCCGAUCCGGCCGUCCGGCCGCAGCCACCCGUCGACGGUGUCCCCGCAGCGGUAACCUCGCCUAGCGGCGGACAGGCGAUGACACCGCCCCGGUUUGAGCGGCUCCUGGCCGACAUCCUGGCGGAUGAGGGCGACAAGGUGCAGUUCGAGUGUGCGGUAAGCGGUGACCCCCGGCCCAACAUCCGGUGGUACGUGAACAAUCGUGAGAUCGCGGCCGACACCCCGCGGGUGCACUGCGUCGUGCGGGACGAUGGCGUCGUCAAGCUCGUCCUCGAGCAGGUCCUGCCGGACGAUAAGGGCGUGUACACGGUGAAGGCCUUGAAUCCGGCCGGUGAAGCCAAGUGCUUCUCGAACCUGAUCGUCCGUUCGGUCAAUGCGCCCGAAUUCGAGGCGGUGACGGCUCCGGCGUUCCUGACCGAGAGCCAGGUGUGUCCGACGUUCCGGCAACUGUUUGCCGAUCGGGUCGUGCGGCUCCACGAGCCGUCCAAGUUCGAGUGCAUCGUGACGGGGAAGCCGCAACCGAAGGUGCGCUGGUUCUUCAACGACCAGCCAGUCCAGGGCCAUGACUUCCUCGUUUCGACCAGCGGCGAUCGGCAGUUGCUCACCAUCCCGGAGGUACGUCCGGAACUGACCGGGAAGAUUACGUGCCUUGCGGAGAGUGAAGCGGGUCACGCGCAGUGUGUCGCGAUCUUGCAGCUGCUGGAGCAGCUGGGAGGAGCUGUGCCGCCACCGGCCGUGCUCCCCGAACCGCUCGUUGAGUCGAUGCAACAGGUCGACACGACCGGCGCGUCGUGCGUGACGUUCCAGAAGCACGUCACCAGCAGCUCGUCCACCUACUCGUCGUCCUCGUCCAGCGUGCAGCAGAACGGGGUUCCGGUGGCGCACGAGGUGCACGCCGAAUCGGCGAAGGUGGACCGUUCGUUCCACCAGACGGAUGGCCAGCCGGCGGAGAUCGCCGAAGCGAAGCAGUUCCAGCGGUACGAUCAGGUGAACGAUCAGCCGGCGGUUUCGGUGCAACAGGAUUCGUCGAUCCGCGAGACCAUCAUCGCGAACUCGGGCCAGAUCAGUACGGGCAAGCCGGCCAGGCGCAAUGUGGCGCCCCGGUUCGUGGCUCCGUUCAACGGAAAGAUCGUCGAUCAGGGCGUGGACGUGGUGCUCGAAGGCACCGUCGACGGAUAUCCGGCGCCGGAGGUGCGUGUCACCCGGAACGAUGCCGAGUUGGUGCCGGAUGGCACACGGAUCCUGGUGACCUAUUCUCUCAAUCGGCUCGUGGUGGAGCUACGGAACGUAACCCCGGCGGAUGCGGGCCGCUACACGGCGACUGCCACGAAUGCGGCCGGUUCCACGACCUGCACCGCGGAUCUGGUGGUGAAAAAGUCCAUCUUUCCGCCCGUGUUUGGCCGGCGGCUCCAAGCUCAGACCGCCAGCCGAGGCGAUCGGGUUGUGCUGGACGUGGAGGUGACCGGUACGCCGGAACCUUCCGUCGCCUGGCUCAAGGACGAUCGGCCCGUGCAGGAGGCGUUCGGCCCCGGCACCAUCUACCAUCUGCAGCAGGUGGGCCCUUGCGCCCGGCUGAUCUUCGAAGCGGUGACCCCGGGCGAGACGGGUCGCUACACGGUGCUGGCGCGGAACGCGGGCGGCGAAGCGCAGAGCAUCGCCGACCUGGUGGUGCACGAGUGCGAGUCGGCCCUUCCGCCGCCGGCACCGUUGUCGUCCCAGAAGCACGUCUCGUUUGUUGACAUGGUUCAGCAGCAACAGCCAAAGUCGGGUGAACCGUUCGAUUCGAGCAGCGGCAGCACCACCCACCAGAAGUACUCGAGCGAGGAGCGGCUGCACGGGCCGCGGACCGAGUCUACGGUCGUUACCGAGACGCGCCGGACGACGGAGGCGACGAUGCGGAUGGAACACAAGAUCGGGUUCCCCGAUCUGCCGCCGAUCCGCCUGUCGCAGCGCACCCAGACGCCCACCAUCGCGACGGUGUCCGAAGGAACCACCACCACCCGGACGGUGGCCGAAGAUCCGAACAGGGCGGCGACGGGCACCAACACCGAGCCGGUGGUGACCCGCUCGGACGCUACGCAAACGACACCAACACAGGCGCAACCCGAGCGCCAGCCGUCGUCGUUGUUGGUCGCCGCGGCCGCGGCCACCGAUCAGUCGAGACAGGAGAGUGGCAGCGCCCGCAGCUCGAUUGCGGACCGACCGAAGUCUUUCGAUCCACCGAACGAGACGGCACCAGCAACGGUGGUAGGUGACGGUGGUGAACUGGUGGUGACACUAACUCCUUCGCAGCGGGAAUGGGCCGCGGGCGACUUCCUGAAGCCGCAACCGGAAACGAUCCCCACGCCUCCGAUCUACCGACCAGACGGGGCGUCGGCGGCGGCCAGGGUUGGACCCGCGUUUCCACCGGUGGUGGCAGAGCGGGCCCGCAGCACCUCUCCGCGGCCACCGUCGGCCGACGCUCUCGCCAUGGAGCGCCUGUGGGCGGCUCCGAAGGCUUUCGGUUCGGUGGCACCCCAAGACUCGCCGUCGGCCCACGUCUUCAAACACUACAGACCGCCACCGCCGACACCGCUCUCAUCCACUUCAUCGUCAUCCUUCACCAAGCAUACCCAACAACAACAACUACAAUCGCAGCAGCUACAACAACCGAAACAACACCAAUACUACUCGACACUUCCGUUCGCCACACGCACAAAGUCUCAGUCCGUCCCAGCUAAAGCCGAUUGUUCCGCAUUUCAGCCGAUCUACGCCCAGCAGCAGCCCCCGCAGCCCAUGCAGCAGAUGUACUCGUCGUUCGCGUCGACGCAGCAGUUCCAGGCGUCCUCGACCGUCCAGCAGCAGCAGCACUCCUCCUCGAUGCAGUACCAGCCGUACCGACCAUCGAUGACCGUGAUGGAGCAGCCACUACAGGCGGCUUAUCAGCCGCCGGCCCCGGUGGUGCCAUCGUUUGCGGCUCCACCACCUACGCAGAGCUUCCCGCCGAAGGUGGCGCUCUACCAGCCGACACCGGUCUACGCCCCGGCUUCGGUUCCGGCUCCCGCUCCGGCACCGGUCUUCGCACCGACGCUUCCGAAGCAGGAGCCGGUGCCGGUGCCGGUACAGCACCACACCCUGGCGACCGUGACAGUGGCGACCCCAAACUUGCUGACCGGUCCGUCGUACAACCAAACGCCGCAGCCGUUCAAGCCGCUGCCACCGCCUUCGAUUACGCCCGGUAGCCUCUUGAAUGCAGCUGCGGCGGUGCCCGUGGUGGAUGGCUUUGGGAGCUCGCCAGCGUACGCCCAGCCGCAGGCGCAGCCGCCGGUCGCUCAGUAUGUUGCGCCACCGGAGGGUCCAGUGUCGCUGCCACCGUACCAGGAGCCACUCUCGUUCGGGUCUUCCGCCCGACCGGUGGAGCCACUGUACCCGGGUCAGCUGUCGUCUCAGCAGCCGCCACAACAGCCGGCUUAUAACUUCCAGCAGCAACAACAGCAGCUUCAGCAGCAGCAGCAGCAGCAACUCCUGCAGCAGCAGCAGUUCCAGCUCGAACAGCAGCAGCAGUUCCAACAGCAACAGCUCCAGCAGUUCCAACAGCAGCAGCAGCAGCAGCAGUUCUACGAAGAGCAACAGGAAGAAGUCUACAAGAAGAUGUCGGUCAAGGAGACCAAGAAGCUGUUCGAGGAGACCCUGAUCCAGCAGCAGCAGCAGCAACAGCAGCUGACGCAUCAGCACCAGCACCAGGUUUCGUACACCGACCUGAGGGCACCGCGCAUGGUACAGUGCGCAGCGGCGACCCUGCCGGCGGACUUUGGGUACGGCGCGAUUGCGGAGCUCGGUCUCGAGCCCGGGCCCCAGCCAACGAUGGGCUACGCUCCGAAGGCGUCGAGCGAGCGCAAGAGCUCCUACUACCGGGAGCAGAUCGAGCAGUCCCUGCUGGAGAGCAUGGACAAGGAACCGGAACGCGUGCCGGCCGGCGGUGUCAAGAUUAUUCCGCCCAGCCCGCGCAAGAAGUCGAAACCGACACCGGUGGCGGCGGCGGCGGGACAAUCGGACAUACCGGCGGCCGGAACCGGAGCGCCUGCGCCGUUCGAGCAGCCAGCGGAGCCGCAGCAGCAAGGGGUUCCGGGGCCCAAGACCGGGGCCUCGGUGGCCGCCAAGAGCCCGUUCACCGAGAGCGAGUACGAGAGCGACCUGGACGGUGGCAGCCGGAAGCUGAACGGUUACCUGGCCGACACCGAGGAAGUCCACAAGUCGGUCACGUUCGCCGACCAGACGGAGGAGCAAAAGUUCGAGAGCUACUCGAGCAGCAGCAGCAAGGUAGAGACCCGCUCGACCCUCGUCACUAGCUCCGAGGUCGUACAGCAGCAGCAGCAGCAGCAGCAGCAGCAACAGCAGCAGCAGCAACAGCAGCAGCAGGAAACGGUUGAGGAAGGUGUCAAGAACUUUUUGGUCAACAACGACCUGCCGGAGGACCUGCAACCGGUGAAGGUGCUGCCGACCGAGGAACCGCUGCCGACGCUGAAGAAGGUGCCGGUGCCGGCCGCCGUUCAGCCACCGGCGCAGGUGGACGAGCACCCGCAGCUGGUGCAGCCGGAGGUUCAGCCGACCCAGCCGCUGCCGCAAGCCGUUCCGGAGCCGGUCGCUUAUCAGCCGCAGAAUGGAUACCCAGCGGCAGCACCCACCAGCCAGGUGGCCAGCGAGGUAUGGCGUCCACAGGAUGCGCCGGCUGAUGCAGCUGCCGGUGGCUACAAGCCGGUCCAAUUUGCGGUCCCACCCAAGCACGAACAGCAGCAGGGCCCGGCGGUACCUCCGCCAUCAGUAUUCGAUCCCAUCGACAAAAUCCAAUCGAACCAAAUCCAAUACGCACUCGACACGCCAAAGAUUGAAAAGCCAAAGCCCAUCAGCUACGCCCAACAGCAGCAGCAACAGACCUCUUCGUCCGUCUACCAGCAGCAGCAGCACCAACAGACCUCUUAUCAGCAGGAAUGCACGUACCAGCAAUCGCAGUUCCCGCCGAACGAGGCGACGCAGCCGGCCGCCCAGUACUACACCUCGGUGACGGCUCAACCGGUCCACAACACGAUCGCCAGCGAGACGUCGCAAACGCUCCAGAUGAGGGAGAUGUCCGAGAGCAGCAACCGGGUAGUGAACGUGCAGCAGACGCAGCAGCAGGUGGGUUACGCCCGGCCACCGGGUCGCUUCACACCCGGCGAGUUCCGGGAUAGCGAUGGGUACGACAGCGACGGGUCACGUAUCCGGCCUCUCUGGACACCGCACCCGUCGGACAGUGACGAGCCGCACUUCCGUAGCGUGCGGCCCAGCUUCCAGCAGCCCCGCUCGACCUCGCUGCCGCGCCAGUACGAGCGCAUCCAGACGCCGAUGGAGUUCGACACGCUGCCGGUCCAGAUGCCGACCCGGAUCGCGGUCUCCUCGUCGUCCAGCACGACCACCACCAUGAUGACGUCCACGGAGAUGGUCCACAAGACCCAAACGCUUGACCGAUACUCGACCGCUUCCUCCUCGUCGAAGCGGCUCGCGACGACGCCCGUCCCGAACACGCGGGACGAUAUGGCGGUGAAGGCGCACCGGGUCACCCCGGUCGCCACCAGCUACGUCCAGCGGCAGGCCCAGGCACAGGCCGACAGCAUGGCCCAAACGUUCAAGACGAAGGCGUACCACUUCGCCAACGAGGUGAUGACCGACAUCAAGAAGACCCCGAUUAAGCCCAUCCUGAAGAACGCGUACGGAGGCGCGAUGCCGUACGGAGCUGGUGCUCCGCCGCACUCGGCGCCGCACUACGCCGCCGUUGCAGCGCCAGUGGCAGCCGGAGCAGCACCCCAACAGCAGCACCAACAACAGGUCGCCCCGCCGCCGCAGGCCUACCGGGAGGAGUCACGAGUGUCGCAAUACGGUACCAAGCACGUCGAUCCGGAUACCGGAAUCAUCUACUUCAAGUACGAUUUCGGGUACGAGUUCGGUAUCAUAUUUCCGGGCGAGGGCCAUCGCAUAGUGGCCGGUCGUGCCGGUCGUGGCCGUAGCGGCGGUGGUGGCGGCGGCUCCGGUGGUAAGAAGCACCCGCGCUAUCUGAACCCGGCCCAGUUCGUGGCGGGUGAUAUCUCGGUGCCGGUGCUGCACGAGCGCACCCGGGACUACGAUCGUGCCUGUCGGCCCGGAGGGACGACGCCCCCGUACGGUGUCCGGUCGGCUUCGGUCCCCGCGCCGGAACUGCACGCUAGCGCCUUCCGGUACGGGCCUGUUCCGUUCCGUCCCGUCACGCCGACGACGAUGAGUGGCCGCUCGACACCGUCGCGCGCUGGUGCUGGUAGUAACCGCAACAGUUACUGUGCCACUCCAGAUCCAACAGCGCAAGGCUUCAACCGAUCAACGACCAGCACACCAGCGAAACACCAGCAACAGCAGCAACACCCGGAGGAGGGUAUCCCAACGAAAACGCCUCUGUUCGUCGCUCCCCUGAAGGACAUUGCAGUUGUCAGUGGACAACCGGCGCGUUUCGAGUGCAUCGUAGCAUGCGAUGCAACACCAUCGAUUCGCUGGACCAAGGACGAGGCACCGAUCGAGGACGGCUACAAGUACGUGCCGGAGCACCGUAACGGCGUCUGCCGCCUGUCGCUACCGGUCGCCUACGAAGCUGACGCCGGCCGGUACAGCUGUCUCGCCGAGAACCAUCUCGGGUACGCGGUCACCAGCGCCGAGCUGCACGUAGCUAACAGCGACUGGAGAUCGGCCUAACAGCCCCAGAGUUCCACCACAGCUAGGACGGGACUUGGGCCUCUUGAUCGCCGGUUGGAUUGAUUCCGACCCAAUCGAACUGGAUCCGCGCGCGCGGACAGGAAGUGGAUCCUUACCUUUUUUUUAUUUGUGUUUAUCCUCCGUUUGAGUUCCGUUCCGUUUUUUCGUUUAGUCGGUAAAGAAGUAGUCGCGCGUCCACAGGACGCGCGAAUCCCGAUAAAGUUGGUCCGAGGUCCGAUCGUCCCGACCACCCAAACGCCUUCGUGUUACGCCUAGAACUGCUGUGCUUGCUUUUAAAUCCCUUUCUAUAGUUUUUCGUCUGUAAAGUGUACUUUUUUAUGCUCCUCCCUAGUCGGUUUAUGUUUUAAUUCGUGCCCCUAUUUCGCUUACUUAUGUGAACCGCCAAACACUUGCUGGCCCGCGUGUCUGGCCAUACCGUUACACAGCCGCUCGUACCACGGAGCAUACGCGUUCUUCGUGGUUUAUGCUAGCGGCCGCACGGCGAUGGGACCGCGGGGUCGAGCCGUUUUCAGAAUGCAACAGGCUAGCGCCGUUGUUUUCCUUGUUUAUUUUCUCAUUUCUCUAGUCGCACGUGACACGACCACGGUUCGCGUACGCUUACGAGUUAUUAUUUAUGUUCGCUUUCACUUCUUGGCUUUUUGCUUGGCACGUUUCGAGACAAAUGCCAAAGGAAAAUCUGUUAAAACUAGCCAUAAAAAUAGAAAACUAUACGACCACAAAAAGGUGCCUUCGAACCCUAACCAAAAAAAAAACAAGUACUAAUAAUAAGAAACCCAAACAAACGAUUGAAACGAUUGAUUAGCCCCAUGAUCCGCUAUGGACCCAAACAAAAAUGUGUUUCCCCCCAUUUACGAAUUGAAUCGACAAAAACUCUCUGUGUUUACCUUAUGCUGUGGAGCGCGUUUGCAUCGGUGCCAUUUAGCCCAUGCGCCUGAUGGCAUUAGCUUUGUGUUCCGUUGCUCUUUACCCAUUAAAUGUGUUGCACGCCGAGAUCGAGGACAGCUGCCUUAUGUGCGCCUUGUUUUUUGGAUUACGACCGUUAGUCAGCCGAGUCACCCGUGCGUGAGCUAGGAACUGGACGAUAGGACGAGUACGAGUUGUUCUUUUUUCUCUUCUCUGUAUGCUGUGUGUCUGACCCAAGAUCACACAGCGCUACUAUUAUGCUAUUAUACGAACCAAUCAUAAGGAAUAAAUUAUGUAUUCAAA